CAUCUGGCAAGGCCAAGCAACAUAUGUUUCGAAAGACGACGCCAUUGAAAUAUGCUACUCCCCCGGUAUUUUGGUUUGGGCCUUCAACGCUGCACGAUGGCUUUUUACGCCGUAGCUAGUGGGCGGAAAACAGGAGUCUACGGUACCUGGGCAGAGUGUGAGGAGCAGGUUAAGGGCUUCAAAAACGCCAAAUACAAAAAGUUCAAGUCGCGGCAGGAGGCGGAACAGUUCGUCGGUGGCUGCAAAUCAUAUACUCCGCAGGAAGUGGCAGUACCUUUGGGCCAGAAACAGGAAGCUUCCUUUAGUUGGAAAAACACAAUCGAUCGAAUCGAGAAGCCCAAGUACACAGAGGUCUGGCCCGAAGAGGAUCAAAGACUGGUGGAGGAUGAACUGAACGCUGCCAUGAACGAAGUGGAAGGGGAUCCAAGGUCAUCUAGUAGCAGCAGUUUGGCAGACAUCCCUAAUCGCAAGCGGAAAGGCCAGGCUACUGAUAUAGCAAGGAACAAAAUUCCAAGACAUGCUUCUCAGGUCUUAGAAGCUACAGGGCUCAAGCAAGUGGGUGCUUUCCAGUUUGAAAUUGAUGCGGAAGGCUAUGUGAUUGUGUACACAGAUGGCUCCUGCAUAGGCAAUGGGCGACCAGGAGCCUGUGCCGGCUAUGGAGUCUUUUUUGGCAGAAAUCACCCUCUGAAUGCAGCCAAGCCCGUGGAAGGACGCGUGACCAACAAUGUGGGCGAAAUUCAGGCGGCCAUCUAUGCCAUAAAAACAGCAUUAGACUUGGGAAUUAAGAAAUUGUGCAUCAGCACUGACUCACAGUUUCUAAUUAACUCCAUCACUCUUUGGGUGGCAGGCUGGAAAAAGAGGGACUGGAAGCUGAAGAAUAAUCAACCAGUGAAAAACGUUGUAGACUUUAAAGAACUGGAUGAACUGCUCCAAAAUAAUAAUAUCGCAGUGAAAUGGAACUAUGUGGAGGCUCACAAAGGCAUUGAGGGCAACGAAAUGGCGGAUAAAUUGGCGCGCCAAGGAUCGGCCUUGUAUAAAGAGAGAAAAUUAUAAGUGUUUUUAAAUUUAAACGCCUUAGUAGUGUGCAAACGAUGUGGCAACGCUGAAUAAAUUGUUAAGUUACAACACUG